UGGUAAAAGUCAAGAUUCGAUGCUUCUGAUUGGCCAACCGACACCCUUGCAGUUAUUCUGAUUGGCUCUUGCGUCUUGCACUCGUCCCUCCCCGUGGUGUCCUGGCGUUCCGAUUCCAGCCAGCGGUGUGUCACGGAGGCUGUGGCGGGGGAGAGAGCGCCUGGGUCCGACCACCCUACUAGUCUAGACCGGGAGAAGAGUAGGGGUUGGGGGUCGUCCUGACCAGAUUCAAGUUCUUUGAUCACCUGGGCAGCUUUCUCUUUGUCGCCGCUAGCCACCCGCUCUCCCAAUGUCGGAUUUUAAGCUCGGGAUUGUUCGGCUGGGCCGUGUGGCCGGGAAGACAAAGUACACACUGAUAGAUGAGCAGGAUAUUCCGCUGGUGGAAAACUACGCCUUUGAGGCUCGCAUGGAGGUAGACGCAGACGGGAACGGGGCGAAGAUCUUCGCCUACGCCUUCGACAUCGGCAAAGGCCGCUGGGCGGGGCGCCCGCUGCACGAGCUGCUCUGGGAGAAACACAGAGGUGGAAUUGCUCCCAGCUUCCAGGUUGUCCACAUCAACUCUGUAACCGUUGACAACCGGCUGGAUAACCUGCGCUUGGUGCCGGUUGGCUGGAGUCCCAAACCGGAGGAGCUGUCCAGCAAGCAGAGAGAGCAGUCCCUUUACUGGCUGGCCAUCCAGCAGGUUCCGGCCGACCCGGUGGAGGAGCAGUACCUGGAGCUGAGCCGCACACGCUACUACAACGCCAACGGAGAGCUGGUGGAGGAGGAGGAGUGCUCCUGCACCUACUACGAGUGUCACUACCCGCCCUGCUCGCUCAUCGAGAGGAGACUCAGGGAGUUCAACAUCUGUGGGCGCUGCCAGGUGGCCCGUUACUGCGGAUCCCAGUGCCAGCAGAGGGACUGGCCCGCCCACAAGAAGCAGUGCCGUGAACGCAAGAGGGUCCUGGCCCUGGAGUCGGAGCCCGAGCGGUGAUCUUCGGACUUUCAAAUCCGGGAUUUUGGACAGGAAUGGAGGGAGGACGUAGGAGGGAUGGAGACUUUGGGGGUUUUGAAGUGCAAAAAAAUAUAAGUAUAUAUAUAUAUAUGAUGAUGGAGACGAAGGACAAUGUAACAGGUGGGGGAUAAGGGGAUUGAGGGGUGGGUGGGUGGGGGUUGAAAACCACACUUCCCAGAACUGACUCAUCUCCAUGGCUGGCUUGACACGUCUCAGAGGAUGAUGGGAAAUGUAGUUUUCUUUUUUCUUUUUUUUUGGUGUGGAAGGAAAGCCCCUUGCUCUUCCUGCUGCUACGGACUGUGUAUUUGGGGAAGGCAGAGAGGGCGAACGCAGACAGACUGCUCCUCUGGAACGGAUUCACCAGCCCUCUCUCCCCCCGGCCGCACUUCUGACCCACCUGUUAUGAAAACGCUGGGACUUGAUGCCCCCUGCACAGUUGGCACAAUGACAUCUGGACCUCUUCACUGUACUGACCCCUAGUGGACCCCUGGUGCACUGCACACACUCACUUCCCUUUCAGAGUCUGAGGUUCACACACUGAUUCACACCGUCGGGCCACUUUGUGUUGUUACCACCUGAAGGACAUGGAUCAAGUGCUGUACAAUGAUGGUGGCUUUGGGGGGGGAGGGGAGGGGAGGGGGGGUGUUUUGGUCAGUGGUAGGGGCUUGAUCACAGAGUUAUAGGGAGCUUGUAUCGAGCGUGUGGAUCAUUGUGGCAGUGCUAGUACACCAUAUCUCCAUUCAAAAACACUGUAACCCUUCUGACCUGCCACAUAUUCUCAAGCAAAGUCAUUCACACUUCCACUCAUGUUCGAAGGGUGUCCUGGAGCAAAUAUAUAACUGACCGCAAGUUUGUAUUUGUCAUAAAAAAAAGUGCUUAUAAUCAAAUUAAAGCACUCUUCUUGUUUUCUCUAACACAUUACUCGUUGAGGGGAAAGUAUCGUAAGUGUCACAAAAAUGUUGUAUGUGGUCGUUAACAUCAGUAAGACAUUUUUCCGGGAACACCCUUCAUUGCUCCUCCCAUGGCCCCACCCACAGACAGACAAACACACACACACACACACUGUCUGUUUCUGUCAGUCUCUGGUCAGUGUUGGUACCCCUUCUUGAUAAACAAACACGCACAGAUAUGCAUGUUAGAAGAAGGUAUAUACAGUACAUGCAAGGACAUGGUGAUAAUUAUGGUAAUUAUUUUUUAUUUAUGUGGAUGGUUCUAACACUGUGCACCGAUACCUCCUCUUCCUAGUCCUGGUCAGGGUUACGAAAGUGAGGUUUAGACUGACCAAGACCACGAGCGCUUAUUGGAACCACACUGAAACUAAACAACUGUGUUUACGAGACUAGUUUCCUUUACGCUUUUGGCAUCAACAGUUUCAAACAGGUCUGUCUCAACCUGCUCUAUCAGCCCUGAUCUAGCUGACCUAGACACAGAGAUAUUGAGUGAGGGAGAUUUUAUUUUAUUUUUUUCAUUUUUUUUUUUUUUUUUGGGGGGGGGUUAGGGGUUGGGAUUUUUUAAAUAAUAAAAAACAUGCAUUAAAUUAAUGAGCUGUGCAAAUGGGCCUAGAGUUGGGAAAGAUCUGACCAUCUCUUCACUGUAAAAUUAAAAAAUAAUUAAAAUGAAUAAAAUAAGUGUUUCAUCUGCA